CCCUCAUCGUUAUGCUCGAUAGCGUCGACGCCCCCUUCCAGCCAUUUGUUGAAGGUCUUCGAGAUUUCUUGCAAGCUGCCAAAGAGGAAAAGAAAACUGUGGUCAAGGUUAUGGUGACCCGCAGGGUGCCAGGCGCGCACAAUUACUUCAAAGGCAUCAUGGAAUGCUCCAAGAUUACGCUGCCUGUACUACCUGGUCCGGCAUGGCGGGUGGGAGGGUGAACAGCCAAGACCAUUAUUCAACACAUUCAGCACGUCCAUUCAUGGCAACACUGCAGGCGGCUCAUGUGUAGCCAAACAUCUGCAGUUUGUCGCAUCCCAGAUGGCCAGCUAAGGAUCUGGUGUCUCCUUCUCCUCGCAAGGUACAUUACGGACACUGUCUUACAUACUUUGCAAGCAGUCUCUCCGCUGGUCCUUGCUCACGUGACAAGACCAAAUAACUGAAUGGCGAGGGGAUGGACAGUCCUGUGCGCUGCCUCUCGUGUGAGAGUGGCAACCGUGGCGGAACAUCCGGCAGAAUCUUCUGAAAAUUGCAUAUGCUCCCGAGAGUGAGGCAAUAUUCGGACCGAAGUUGUGAAGGCUUGGUGGACUCGGUGGGAUGGGAAGGGAACUGGGUUCUACGUGGAUACGCCGAUCUAGGUUCAAGUAAAGACGGAUCAAAGUCGUGUAUAGUACAUACUGUGUAUGGAACAAGGCAGUCAGAGGGGAACUACAUACAUGUGGUACGUAGCACCCAGGCUAAGUCACAUCGACGCAUAAAGCC